AUCGAGUCUUUGAUGACCAGAAUAUGUGUUCUUGAGUAAUUAUAUUAGUAUUAUAUCCCAUUCUCUUCAUUCACUCUGAUUGAUUGAAAAAAGAGCAGUUUUGCAAAAGAGAGAGAGAGAGAUGAAGUUUUCGUUGAUGUUGGGAGUGGUAAUUGCUUUAUUGCUACUAACGUGUGGAGUAGUUGCUUUGAGGAGCAAGGAAUGCACAAACACUCCCACUAAACUGUCAUCACACACUGUGAGAUAUGAGUUGCUGUCGUCAGAGAAUGAAACUUGGAGGAAAGAAAUGUUUGGCCACUACCAUUUGACUCCGACAGACGAUUCGGCGUGGUCGAAUCUGCUUCCUAGGAAGAUGAAGGAGGAGGAGGAAGGUGGUUUUGGUUGGAUGAUGAUGAUGUAUAAGAAGAAGAUGAAGAGCUAUGGCGGCGGGGGUGGAGUCGGGGGGUUUCUUGAAGAAGUUUCGUUGCACGAUGUGAGGCUGCACCCGAACUCGGUCCACGGGAGAGCCCAACAGACCAACUUGGAGUACUUGCUGAUGUUGGAUGUUGAUAGACUGGUGUGGAGCUUCAGGAAGACUGCUGGUUUGGAUACUCCUCCUGCGUCGGCCCCAUAUGGUGGCUGGGAGGGCUCAUCUUCUGAGCUCCGAGGCCAUUUUGUAGGGCAUUACCUGAGUGCCUCAGCACGGCUGUGGGCAAGUACACACAAUGCCACUCUCAAAGAUCAAAUGUCUUCGGUUGUUUCUGUUCUAUCCGCCUGCCAAAACAAGAUCGGAUCCGGAUAUUUAUCUGCUUUCCCAUCUGAAUUCUUUGACCGCUUUGAAGCUAUAAGACCUGUAUGGGCACCCUACUAUACGAUUCACAAGAUUUUGGCUGGUCUAUUGGAUCAGUACACCUUUGCUAGUAAUUUUCAAGCACUGAGCAUGACAAAGUGGAUGGUUGAUUACUUUUAUGAUCGUGUGCGGAAUGUUAUCUCAAAAUAUACGAUUGAAAGACACUGGUUAUCUUUAAAUGAAGAAACGGGGGGAAUGAACGAUGUUCUUUAUAAGCUAUACAACAUAACGGCGGAUCCAAAGCACUUAUUGUUGGCUCACCUUUUUGACAAGCCAUGCUUUCUUGGUUUACUGGCCGUUAAGGCUGAUGACAUUUCGGGGUUUCAUGCAAACACGCAUAUUCCAGUUGUCAUUGGAUCACAAAUGCGUUAUGAAAUAACUGGCGAUCCGAUUUAUAAGGAAAUUGGGAUGUAUUUUAUGGAUAUUGUCAAUAAUUCUCAUGCCUAUGCCACUGGAGGAACAUCAGUCUCAGAGUUCUGGUCUGAUCCGAAGAGGUUGGCUACGACCCUACAGACUGAGAAUGAAGAAUCAUGUACCACCUAUAACAUGUUAAAGGUGUCACGACACCUGUUCAGAUGGACCAAGGAGAUGGCUUAUGCCGAUUAUUAUGAGAGGGCCUUAACAAACGGUGUCCUUAGCAUCCAGAGAGGAACUGAUCCUGGAGUGAUGAUUUAUAUGCUUCCACUUCAUCCGGGUGCUUCCAAGGCCAAAAGUUUCCAUGGAUGGGGGACAAAAUUUGAUUCUUUCUGGUGUUGCUAUGGGACAGGAAUUGAAUCAUUUUCCAAGUUGGGAGAUUCUAUAUACUUUGAAGAGCCUGGAGAAGUUCCAGGAAUGUACAUCAUUCAGUACAUACCUAGCUCACUUGAUUGGAAAUCCGGUCAGAUCAUGCUUAACCAGAGCAUUGAUCCAGUUACAUCCCAAUAUGAUCUCCUUCGCGUGACUGUAACAAUUACAUCAAAGCAGUCUUUUAGUCUACGAUCCACAAUAAAUUUCAGAGUGCCGAGUUGGACGCAUGCAAAUGGUGCAAAUGCUUUGCUCAAUGGACAAUUUGUGCCUCUGCCAACACCAGGAAACUUCCUAUCAAUUACGAGAAGAUGGACCUCUUAUGACAAAAUUACUCUCGAGCUACCUAUGAGUCUUAGAACUGAGGCCAUCAAAGAUGACCGUCCAGAAUAUGCUUCUGUUCAGGCGAUCCUUUAUGGUCCGUACCUACUUGCUGGUCUCUCCCGUGGCGAUUGGGAUAUUAAAGCAACAUCAUCAUCAUCAUCAUCAUCAUAUUCCUCUACGGAUGUGGUGUCCCCGAUGCAAACCCAGAAUUCUCUCCUAAUAUCGCUUGCCCAAGAAUCUGGGAAUGCUUCGUUCGUCCUGGCAAACACAAACCAAUCGGUUCAUAUGUUUGAAUACCCUGAAAGCGGAACAGAUUCUGCAGUAAGAGCCACCUUUCGGCUCGUUUCUAAUGACCCGUCAAAGACGCUUUCAAGACCAGCUGACUUCAUGGGGAAACCUGUCCUGCUAGAGCCAUUUGACUACCCUGGAAUGGCAGUGAAACAAGGGGAAAAUAAUGGCUUGGUAGUUGAAGAUUCCACCUCAUUUGACUCCUCUGCCUUUCUUUUGACUGCUGGCUUAGAUGGGAAGAAUGGGACAAUUUCCUUGCAAUCCAUAUCCCGGAAAGGUUGUUACGUUUCCCGCGAAGCCAAUAUGGACGUAAAGCUAAGUUGCAAGAAUGAGUCCUCAGGAGACGACGCCGGGUUUGAAAAUGCUGCAAGCUUUAAACUGGAAACGGGGAUCGCCUCAUAUCACCCCAUCAGCUUUGUGGCCAAGGGAACCACACGGAACUUUGUUUUGGUUCCUUUGCUUAGUUUGAGGGACGAAUCGUAUACGGUGUAUUUCAACUUCACAUUUUGAGGGAUGAAUGGAUACUCUUUUUUAGUAUUCGAUUGUAAGAUGUUAGAAUGGAGGGAUAAGUGCUAUCAUCUUCAGAAAAUGCUAAUAAAUUCAUGUUUGCUCACUUUUUUUCUUUCUUUUGGUAUGUGUUAUAGAGCAUAUGUAUUGGGCUAAAAGCUUAUUUUCUUUGAAUCACAUAGUCUGUGCUACCGCGGAAGAGCUUGUAAUAUGAACAAAGUAGUCUCUCCGUU